AGAAAACAGAAAACUUGACAUGGCAGCCUCUUGGGGUCCAGAGUCAAGCCUGUCCCAGCUGGUGGUUCUGUUACUGGGUGAGAAACAAAGUGGGAAGAGCUCAGCAGGAAACAUCAUCCUUGGGAAACCUGCCUUUCGCAAAAAAACAACUCAUAGCUCCAAAGACACUGGCACCAUCUUUGGAAUACAAGUGACAGUGGUGGACACCCCAGGGUGGCUGACCAGCUGCACCACUCCAGACAGGGUGUCCCAGGAUCUGUGCAGAGGCGUGUCCCUCUGCCAGCCAGAGCCCCAUGUCAUCCUGCUGGUGCUGCCCACCACCUCCACCUUUGGCCCGGAGGAGUGGAGGGCCAUGGAGGCCCAGCUCAGACUGCUCCAAACCCCCAUCUGGCAGCGAGCUAUGGUCCUCUUCACUCAUGGAGACCUGUUAGGAGGCCUCCCUAUCAAGGAGCACGUUAGGCGCCAAGGUCAAACUCUUCGUUGGCUGCUGGAGCGAUGUGGGAACAGGUACCAGGUAGUGAGCAACCAGCCUGGGGCCUCAGAGGCUCAGGUGGCAGAGCUGUUUCAGAAGAUCCAGAAGAUGAUAGAGGCGAACAAGAGUCCCAGAGGAGUCCAGGACAGGAUGUACACCCAGCUCAGACGAGAAGUGAGCUUAAGGGAGGCGAGGAGGUCGCAAGGAAGACAAGAAGACAUAGAAAUGAGAGUCAUGCAUGAUAUGCAUGAUGGGAGGCCAUGGCAAAGAAAGCAGAUGGCCUCCAAACAACUACAUAUACCCAGAGGACUCCCAGCAGGGUCGGCUAGUUUCAAACCUGCUCUUGCCCUCAUCCUGCUGGGAAGGAGCAAGUCAGGAAAGAGCUCAGCAGGCAACGUGAUCCUGGACAGUGAGGAGUUUCAGACCGACACAAAGACCACCAGGUGCUCUGUACGCCAUGGGGAAGUAUCGGGGUGGCCUGUGAUCGUGGUGGACUCCCCCGGGUGGAGCCUGUUUGGUCUGGCCAAUUCCAAGCAGGUCAGGAUGGAGAUCAGUCGAAGCCCUUCCCUUUGCCCCGUGUGGAGCAAAGUCAUGUUCAUUCUGGCUGUACCGGUGGGCUCCUUCAGAGAGAAAGACAGGAGAGCGGUGGAGAUGCACCUCAGCCUUUUGGGGCAGGAUGUAUGGAGAAGCACUGUGGUGUUGUUCACCUACGGAGAGGAGCUGAGAGGAAAGACAGUGGAGAAUCACAUCGAGCAGAGUGGAGAGCCUCUGCAGUGGCUGCUGGGCAGAUGUGGACAAAGGCACCAAGUGUUUCGCACAAAUACAGGAGACCGGACUCAAGUACAGCAGCUGCUGCACAUGGUGGAGCAACUAGAGCAAUGAUAGUUAGUGGUGCAAGAACGAGUCCUAAAACCUGGAAAUUAGUUAGCAUUUUACAACUUCCAGUUCCCUUGUCUGGAAUCAGACCUUUUUUUAACGUGUUUUUCGUUAAAUGCCUGAAAUAAGGUCUGUGGUUAACACAAGCUGAAGAUAUUUUAAUACUUUGUUUUUACGACAUAAAAUAUGUCGGUAAUUACCCAAAUCGUGAAUUUCCCAAAAUGUCUUGUAUGAUAAAAAUGACAUUUGCUAACAAGUGACUAAAUAAACUACUGAACGCCAUCACGCCGACACAAGUCUGCCUUAAGCUUAGCAUGGGUGCAAUUGUGAUGCAGUUAGCCUAGCGUUAGCUUUUAACUUCUGGCAUCUGCAUUUACGCUUUAAAAAGCACAAAGUAGUGUUAAUAUGUAAAGAAAGAUUAUCCUGCUGAACAAAACUUUGUAAGUAUUAUAAAGAUGUGUUAGCCAAACAGCAUAUUUUCUGCAAUAUAACGAAAUCCAAUGGGAAUCCAUAUAAGAUAUUAGUCAUUAUUUUAGAGAAAGUUUAUUUCAGUGAAUUACAGAAUCCUUUGUUUCUCCAUCACAUUGAUGACAAUGAGAUCCCAUAACAUUCCCCAGCUUAUUUCAGUUUCAUACAGGCAAAGUGCCCAGAGUUUUUAUUUGUAUUUAAUGUGCCAUUUUGAAGUGUUUUAGCCUGUAGAAAUACAUACAGGUCUGAU